AUGGACCCCCAGGUGUUCGAGCAAGAAUGGAGCUCACUCCUGGACGGCGAAGCAGACGAGAAGUUGGUCAGCGUUGACUGCUCCGUCGAGACAGAACUCUGUCAACGACACGACGUGUCUUCCUUCCCAGCCAUCCGACUGCAUCACCAAAACGGGAGACGGACCCGGUACCGUGGCCCACGAAAAGCAUCCGAAAUCCUAGGAUUCCUUCGCAGGACGACGCGGCCAGCAGUGUCGUUCGUAACAAGCCAGAACGCGACCGCCUUCCAGGCCAUCGACGACGUGGUCUUCAUCGGCCGUUUCGGACCGGACCACGAGCAUCUACGAAGCCAGUUUGACCAAGCUGCUCGGACGUAUCAUGACCGGUUCUCCUUUGCCGUCGCCGAGGCGCGGCAGGGACAAGAGCCGACGCUGGCGUGCUACAACAACCUCGACGGGGAGCACAAGUCGACAGCGGAGUUCGCCAGUCCGAGGGCAAUCCCGGCGUUUGUAAAACUCUGCUCGGCGCCGCUCAUCCCGGAGCUGAUGAGGAGCAACGAGCUGUCGUUCUACGAAAGCCGCAAGAGCAUAGUCCACUACUUCGUCCACAACGAAAAGGAGCGAGAGGCGUACGUCGCGGAGAUGCGGCCGCUUGCCAAGAAGCUCAGAGAGUACCUGCACUUCGUCACGACGGAUGCGAAUGAGUACGCCGAUGCGGCCGAGAUGAUGGGGCUCAGGAGGGGAGCCGGGGGCUUAUCCGUGCAGAACCCCAACACCGGGGAUGUGUACCCGUAUGCUAGGAGGGAGAAGAUCACUGCGGCUACGGUGGAGGCGUUUCUCGGCGAUAUUGUCCAGGGGAAGGUUCAGCCGUGGCGGGGCGAUGCAGGACACGACGAGUUGUAG